AUGCCGGCCGCAGACUCCAACAACACGACGCCGGCCAAGACGGUCAGUAGCUCGGUCGAAGAAGAGCUGGCAUACUACAAGUCGCAAUAUGAGCAGCUGGAGAUUGAGCUCGCGGAGUUCCAGACGUCCAGCCGCGAGCUGGAGGCCGAGCUCGAGAAGGAUAUCGAAGCCUCGGAGAAGCGGGAGCGGCAGUUGAAGGAGAAGGUGGAGAGUUUGACCUACGAGGUGGAGGAGUGGAAGACCAAGUACAAGCAAGCCAAAGCGGAGGCUAACUCGGUUCAAAACACGCUCCAAAAGGAGAUCACCACGCUCCGGGAGGGGAACCGGCAGCUGCAGUUGAAGCUCCGGGACAUCGAAGUCGCCAACGAUGACUAUGAGCGCCAGGCUCGCAACACGACUUCGUCUCUGGAGGAUCUGGAAUCCAAAUACAAUGUCGCGAUCGAGCGAGGCGUGUUGCUGGAGGAGGAAAUCAAGGCCGGCGAGCAGGAACGGGAGGCGCUGCGGAUCGAGAACCAGCGUCUGCGCGACGAACUGUCGGAUCUGAAGAUCGAAGCCGAUAUCGUCAAAGAAAAACUACGUAAGGCAGAAGCGGAACUCAGCCGCCGCAGAAAGCCUGCCUACUUGGACCCUGGCCUUGCAAGCUCCCAGUACGCGGACAGAUCGGAGCAAUCACCCGUGACGACGGCGUCGUCCCCUACCAUGGCGACUCCCCCGGCCAAAUCGGUCUCAUCUGCGACCUCGGAUGCCGUCACUCCUCCCUCACCGACCGCGUCGGAAUCUUCUACCAGUGUGCGGAAACCGGGCACUGAACCGGUCGUUUCGCGGGCACGAUCCAUCACGAAUUCGAGCAACCCCCCUCGCUAUCGCAGGCACAGCCGCACACCGUCGUUCCCCAAAAAUGGCAAUGGCUAUUCGACCCCAUCGAUCAGCUCUCGCCAGAGCGUCUCCCGACUCAAUGCGUCCCAGUCUGGGAUUGCUCGGUCGGGUUCCCUCUACCAGAUCCGUGGUCUCAUCGGCAAAAUGCAGAAGCUCGAGGAAAGGGUGCACUCUGCCCGAUCGAGACUCCCAGCCCCGGUCGACACGCCAAACGGGGCGUCGCCGCGCACUCCGUCGGCCUUGGGCCAAAACUCGGUCCCAUCCUCGGUCACGGUCCGGAAAGGCUCCCGGAAACGGACCAGUGGCAGCAGUGUCAGCUCAUCCGUCCGGGAUACCGAUGGAAGUUCGUCCUUUAUUCCCCAAGCCGGCAGUCUUUGGGGACUCGACCCUCUGGGGACAGCCGGCCCAGUAGUCGGACGAGCUACUCCAGUCGCAGUUCCGUCAGCCACAGCACGUAUGCCAGUGGGAUUCCACAGACUCGUCCCGAAAGCCGCCAGAGUCACGGCCGGGCGCGGACUCCGCUUGGGCACUAUUCCACCAACCCGACGACGGAGGGCCGGCGACCGCGAUCCUCGCUUAGCUCGUAUUCCCAACAGGGGGGCCACGGGGCUACCAACAACAUGUCGUAUAUCGAUGAAGACAGUGACAUCACAACCCCGACGUCUCGCCGGGGCACAAUUGACCAGGUCGACAAGAUGCGAAUGUCGAUCCCCACGCCCGGAAGCUUGA